CAACAACAUCAACAUCAACAUCAACAGCAAGAUGUACGGCGAUCUGGCAAUGAAACUGGCGCAGGACGCGCGGAGAGUACAGACCCUCGAAUCGCUUCCUGCGUAUCAAGUAGAUCUCGUGGCCUCGAUCGUUCGCGAGAUUCGAGACUUGAAUCGCGAUUUCAAUAUUCUAUUAAAAAAGCAAGGUCCCGACUACGAUCCCAGACGGCAUGGCGAAGCUUCCUGUGCGCUUUUUAUUCUUCAGCUUUGUGUUCAACGGAAUAAGCGAUCACUGCUGGCAUAUCAUCGGUUACGAGCUAAGCGGAUAGAGGAGCUAGCCUGGGCAGGCGUCGACGCUGCGUCUGCGGGCGAGGAGAACAGCGGUAGUGGUAACGCAAAUAGCAGCAGUGGUGCUGGUGGGACCCGCGGUAGUACUUCGUUGACUGCAGGAUGGCACCCGGAUGAGGACGAGUACUUUAGAGGAUUCUCGGACGUGCUGGCAGAGCUGAAAGGAGAGUGGACAGAUAUUGACCUCGUCGGCCCUAUGGACCCUCCGCGGGACCUGUUCAUCGAUGUGCGUGUUUUGAAGGAUGCAGGCGAUAUUCAAACGGAAUAUGGAAUGAUCUCACUCACGAGAAACAGUCAAUUCUACGUACGUCAGGCAGACGUCGAGCGUCUGAUUCAGCAGGGCUACUUGCUGAAGAUGAGCUAGCAACGGUGCAGAUUCAUCCUUCUUUGUUUAUUUUUCUUGGGCAGGCGUUCUUCUUCGACACCACUUCAAUCAUCUUUUUAUAUCUCAGUCUCGAUGAUUUAAUAUGCAUAU